AUGCCUCCCGGGCCCGUCGGUCACCCAAUCAUCGGGAAUCUGCUGUCGAUGCCGAGCAAGUACGAGUGGCUGUAUUAUGCAAAGCUGGGCGAGCGCCACGGUCCUAUCGUUUCUGUGAACGUUCUGGGUCAGCCGAUUGUCAUUCUUAAUACGAUCGAGGCCUGUGUCAACCUGUUGGACAAGCGCUCCGGGAUAUAUUCAGGGAGGCCGAAACUUCACUUUGCGGGGAAGAUGGUGGGAUGGGAUCGCCAGUUGAUCUUAUGCGAAGAUGGCGAGCGGCACAAAGCUAUGCGCAAGAUGUUUGUAAGGCACAUCGGCACGCGCGAGACGGUAUCGGAGUACUACGACAUGCAAGAGAAAGAAGCUCGACAUUUUCUAGUUGCUGCAACUGACGACUCUGAGCAUAUCUUGCAACACAUCAGGCUUGCUCUCUCUGCGAUGUUUCUGAAGAUCACUCACGGGUACAACAUCGAGCGGGAAUCUCCUGAUCCUCUGAUAUCUCUCAUCGAAAAGGCUGCGGCGGAAUUCUACAUCGCAGCCGCGCCCGGCGUUUGGCUUGUUGAUAUGUUCCCCUGGCUUGAGUAUUUGCCGCAAUGGUUCCCAGGCGCACAGUUCAAGAGAAUCGCCUCACGCUUGAACAAGACAUGCACAAGUCAAACGACGGUGCCAAUCCAAUUUGUGAAGGAACAACUGGAAAGCAAGGGAGGGCAACCCUGUUUCACAUCUCAUAUCCUUGAGAGCGAACGCACUCCCUUGGAGGACGAGAUAUACCCUUAUAUCGCCACUUCAUUGUACGCCGGUGGGCAGGAUACCGUUUCUGCUACGCUGGGCACGUUCUUUCUCGCGAUGCUCUUGUAUCCCGAUGUUCAGCGUCGAGCUCAAGCAGAGCUUGACGGGGUACUUGGGAGGUGUCGGCUCCCUACGGCCCCAGAACUUGAACAGCUACCCUAUCUGCAAGCUGUGUUCAAGGAGGUUUUGCGCUGGCAUACUGUGGCCUGUCUUAAUUUGCCUCACAUGACUACACGAGAUGACAUCUACGAGGGAUACCACAUCCCGAAGGGUUCCAUUGUUCUAGCCAAUCUAUGGAACAUCGCCAACAACCCAGACAUGUACCCGCAGCCGACGGUCUUUAGUCCUGGGAGGUUCCUUGGCCCGUCUUCCGAACUAGACCCUCACACAUUUGUCUUCGGUUUUGGGAAGCGACGAUGCCCGGGCAUCGAACUAGCGCGUAGAUCCUGUCUGUUCUUCAUGGCCGCUACGCUUGCGGUGGUCGAUAUACGCAAAGCACGCAGUGAUGCAGGGGAAAUCGUACCACAGCCCGAGUUCGUUUCCGGCACUGUGUGUCAUCCCAAACCAUUCCCUUGCGACAUUUGCCCUCGUUCCGAAGAUGCGAAGGUCCUAUUGGAGUCAUGGGCCGAGGAGGCGAGCGUUGCCGGCGACAGUGCAAAACUCACGCUAUGA